AUGGCAGCCAACAGCAACAAGCGGUCCACCAGCGGGGAAUGGUCCAACGGAGGCGAGGGAUCCUCCAACUCCAAGAAACGCGUCCGAUUCGGUGGCGACAGGGAGAGUUUUCUUGAGGAGUUUGACGAUUCAGACCUACUAGAGCAGCGCAAGGGCAGGAGGGGAGGCGUCACCGUGGUCGAGUACAUGAGCGGCGAGGAGAGCAGUGACGACGAGAAUUUCAACAAAAAGAAAAAGAAGGCAUUCGUGGAUGAUAUACCAGGAGCAGUAACCAAGGCUAGCGUAGAGGAAGAGGAAGAGGAAGACGACAUGUUUGCGGAUCCAGAAGAGAUUGAGCGGCGGAGAAUCCAAAAGAAAAAGAAGGCGGCUUUGAGGGACAAGGGCAAGAACAAAGGAUUCGAUAGGUCUGAGAUCGAGGGUGAGGAGCUGAAUCUGGAUGAGCUUGAUGAAGAAGAAUAUGACUCGGAGGGAAACCCGAAGAUCGAGGCAUUCAACAUGAAGGAAGAACUGGAAGAGGGAGGAGAGAUUGACGAGGCAGGCAACUUCAUCCGCAAGCUCGACCCUGAUCGAUUCCAUGACUCUUGGCUCGAGGGUGUAUCUCGCAAGGACAUUCAAUCUGCUCGUGAAGCUCACGAGCGCAAGAUGAAGCAGGCACAGGCCGAGGAACGGGAAGCGGCUGCCACUAUCAUGACAGAGACGGACAUUUACAUGGAGCUGGUCAACAUUUUGAGACCAUCUGAGACCGUGAUCGAGGCGCUUCAGCGGCUGGGCGGCGGGAAGAAGGCGGGCGCGAAGAGCACAAAAAACACCAAAAAGAAGAGUUGGCAAAAGAACAAAAGGAUGGACGAGGAAGGUCAGGAAGCAGUACAGGCUCCAGAGUCAGAGGAGGAUAUAAAGCGAAGGAAAGCAAUCGAGAAAUUGACAGACUUGUGUGAUAGGAUGAUGGCGAUGGGACAUUUUGAUAUUUAUGAGGAAACAUAUGAGCAGGCGGUCAGGAUCCUUCGGAGAGCAGACGUCAUCCCAGACGACUGGGUGGUCGGGACACCGGUUUUGAAGCCAGGAGAGCAGACUUUGGCGAUGUUGGAGGACGAUCCGCUGCUAUCGAACCCAGUCAGCUGGGAGUACAAAUGGGCUAAUCCGCCAGAGGGCCAGAGUGCGGACGAGAUUUUUGGGCCAUUUUCCGGAGCAGAGAUGAAGUCCUGGAGUGACCAAGGGUUCUUCAGUCAAGGGAUCCUGGUCCGGAUGGUGGGCGAUAACACAUUUGAGCCCGGUGAAUCUGUUUCGUUUGCGUGA